AGAACAACGAUGACCUGAACGGAACGAACUGAAAACUUCAACAAACAAUGAAUAAAUGAAAACGAUCGAAGAUGCGAAAUGAAAUUUCUAUUCAAAAUUUUCAAGAGGUGACGGUGAAGAAGAAAAUGUACGAAAACAUUUCAUCGAAAUGUCUUAUGUUAGAGAGUUUAUAAAUUCAAUGUAAUAAUGUGCGGAGAUAAAGAGACAUUGAAAUACACUGAGUGUAAGGUUGGCGGUCGGAUUGUCAGUGAAACGGAGAUAGAACGAGCGAGAUAAAGGCCACCACAUAUGGAUCGUGAAAAUUUUACCCAGUACGCGGUUCGGAACGCGACGGCCAACGCGACUGACAACAGCACAGUCGCGGAGAUCGAUGAGGACCUGACACAUAGCUUAUUCUACAGACUGAGGAUGUCGGUGCUCCUGCUGAUUGUGAUCAUGGCAGUGCUUGGCAACAUGCUGGUUAUAGUCAGUGUUAUGCGGCACAGGAAACUUCGAGUCAUAACCAACUAUUUCGUCGUGUCCCUUGCGUUCGCUGACAUCCUCGUCGCUAUGGUGGUAAUGCCGUUCAACUUCAGCGUCCAGUUUGCCAACAAAUGGCUCUUUGGACCCACCAUUUGCGAUCUUUGGAACUCUUCAGAUGUCUACUUCACAUCGACAUCAAUAUUACAUCUGUGUUGCAUAUCUGUGGAUAGAUACUACGCCAUUGUCAAACCUUUGAAAUAUCCAAUUAAGAUGACGAAAAAGAUGGCAUUCAUCAUGCUAGCAGCAACAUGGUUAAGUCCGAUCACGAUAUCCUACGUGCCAAUCUUCAUGGGCUGGUACACAACCAGCGACCAUUUGAAAGUGCAAAAAGCUGACGAGUGCGAAUUUAAAGUAAACAAACCCUACGCAGUAAUAUCCAGUUCAAUCUCAUUCUGGAUACCCUGCACCAUAAUGUUGUUCACCUAUUAUGCAAUAUUCAGGGAAGCGAAUAGGCAAGAGAAGAAUUUGCACGCACGAGCUGGAAACGCGAUGCUAAUGCACAGACAUUCUCGUGAAGUAGGUGAUAAAAAUGGCGCCUUACAUAUAAACGCAACGACUCCAACGAAGGAUAGAAAUAUCCUCAAAAUGAAGAGAGAACACAAAGCAGCGAGAACUUUGGGCAUCAUUAUGGGUGCCUUCAUUCUUUGCUGGCUUCCUUUCUUCCUGUUCUACGUGUCAACGUCAUUGUGUACCUCUUGUAAAUGCCCUGAAGUUGUAACAGUGAUCAUGUUCUGGACUGGGUACUUUAAUUCAGCAUUGAACCCGAUCAUUUAUGCGUAUUUCAAUAGAGACUUUCGUAAUGCAUUCAAGAACACUCUUGCGUGUGCAUUCUGUAGUUUCUGUAGACGAAGUGCUUCGGAUCUUGAUGCUUUAGAACGGUUAGAUAGACGUGGUUCUGCCCAACUGAGAGUGCCAGUCCCAUCUCGAAGAACUUCAGACUUAGCAUCGCUUUGAAUAUCGCCAAAGUGCGAAGUGACAGCUGUUUAAGAGGCCUAGCAAAGUCUCAACGAAAUAUUUAAGAACAUUUGUGUACUUAUUUCCAAAGUUGAUGUGAUUUAUUUAGAAUCGUCGUGGUAAAUAUUAUUAUAAUUUGUAUAGAAAAAUAUACGAUCGUCGUGUUGUAUUUAGGAAUGAUAAAUAGGUUUUUAUUCAAAAAUGAAUUAAUGA